GCUCCAUGCAGGGAGCCUGACGUGGGACUCGAUCCCUGGUCUCCAGGAUCACACCGCAGUCCGCAGGCGGCGCUAAGCCGCUGAGCCACCAGGGCUGCCCCACGGAUCUUUUUUUUUAAUUUAUUUUUUAAGAUUUUAUUUAUUUAUUCAUGAGAGACACAAGCAGAGGGAGAAGCAGGCUCCACGCAGGGAGCCCGAGGUGGGACUCGAUCCCAGCACUUCAGGAUCAGGCCCUGGGCCUAAGGCAGGCGCCCAACCGCUGAGCCACUCAGGUGUUCCAGGACAUGGAUCUUUAAAGUUGGAUUAAACACGUUCACUUUUUUUUUUUUUUUAUCCCGUUCAGCCCUCACAUUCCGCCCAGAUCCAAGUGAUAGGUAUUCGAGUUAUUGGAAGCACAGAGAGGGUAAGGGGCUUGGCCCAGAUCACACAGCGCAGAGGGCAGAGAAUAAUGCCUUUUGGAGACUCUGAACUCCCAGGUUUCCUACUGCGCUUUGCAGGGGGGCGGGGGGCGCCCCCAGGCCCUCCGGGAGGUGUCGACAACCAAGGAGGUGCGGGCUGGGCUCUGCGGGGGCGCCCCCGGGAGACCCCUCCUCUCCUCCCGGGGCUCCGAGCAUGCCCAGUGAACCCCCGUCCGGCUCCACGGGCGGGGCGGGCGCGGCGGCUCCAGGGUUUGCGAGCCACCGGAGGGCGGGGCAGGGCCGGGGCAGGGCCGGGGCGGGGCCUGUUCCUGGGACUCCGCGCCCGGGUCGGAAUUCCCCCCGACGCGCCCGCUGCGGUGGCGCUCCCGGGACCGGGACCCAAGGAGGUGCCAGGGGCUGCCGGCGGCCACCGAGUGGCCCCGGGGCAGACCGGCCCCCAGGACCGCGGGCACCCCGGUCGGGACCGCGCGGCCUUCCCCCCAUUCACACAUUCACUCCACAAACAAUGUUUGAGCGCUCACUGUGUGCCACGUGCCGCCGGACGGGAGCUGGGACGCCGCAGGUCUUUUGCUUCUGCAUCAAGCGGCUCUUUAUUGUAUGGAGACUUGCAAAUAGAUGACUUUCCUGGCGAUUAAAUCAACAUGUAAAGGAGACUGGAAGCUGGAAACCUUCCUGAGAUUGACUAGUUGAAAAUUAACAACGGUUAUUCAGCGAUAGUUAUGACCUCCCGGUUACGUGCGUUGGGUGGAAGAAUUAAUAGUAUACGCACCUCAGAACUACCCAAAGAGAAAACUCGGUCCGAAGUCGUCUGCAGCAUCCGCUUCCUAGAUGGCUUGGUACAGACCUUCAAAGCUAAUAAACAAGACACAGGUCAAGUUCUUCUGGAUAUGGCAUACAACCACUUGGGUGUGACUGAAAAGGAGUAUUUUGGUUUGCAGCAUGGCGAUGACUCAGUCGACUCUCUGAGAUGGCUGGAAUCAAGCAAACCCAUCAGGAAGCAGUUAAAAGGAGGUUUCCCCUGUACUCUGCAUUUUCGAGUAAGAUUUUUUAUACCUGAUCCCAACACACUGCAGCAAGAACAAACCAGGCAUUUGUAUUUCUUACAACUGAAGAUGGAUAUUUGUGAAGGAAGGUUAACCUGCCCCCUUAACUCGGCAGUGGUUCUAGCAUCCUAUGCAGUACAAUCUCAUUUUGGAGACUAUAAUUCUUCCAUUCAUCAUCCGGGCUAUCUUUCUGAUAGUCAGUUUAUACCAGACCAGAACGACGACUUUUUAACGAAGGUGGAAUCGCUCCACGAGCAGCACAGUGGGCUAAAGCAAUCCGAAGCCGAAUCUUGCUUCAUCAACAUAGCACGGACCCUCGACUUCUAUGGAGUGGAGCUGCACGGCGGUAGGGAUCUGCACAAUUUAGAGCUAAUGAUUGGGAUUGCUUCUGCGGGCAUCGCCGUGUACCGAAAAUAUAUUUGCACAAGUUUCUAUCCUUGGGUGAACAUUCUGAAAAUUUCUUUCAAAAGGAAAAAGUUCUUUAUACAUCAGCGACAAAAACAGACUGAAUCCAGGGAACAUAUCGUGGCCUUCAACAUGUUAAAUUACCGAUCUUGCAAAAACUUGUGGAAAUCCUGUGUCGAGCAUCAUACAUUCUUUCAGGCAAAGAAGCUACUACCUCAAGAAAAGAAUGUCCUGUCUCAGUACUGGACUAUGGGCUCUAGGAACCUGAAAAAGUCUGUAAAUAACCAGUAUUGUAAAAAGGUGAUUGGAGGGAUGGUGUGGAACCCAGCCAUGCAGAGAUCAUUAUCAGUGGAGCACUUAGAAACCAAGAGCCUGCCAUCUCGAUCCCCUCCCAUCACUCCCAACUGGCGAAGUCCUCGGCUCCGGCACGAAAUCCGAAAGCCACGGCACUCUUCUGCAGAUAACCUUGCGAACGAGAUGACCUACAUUACCGAAACCGAAGAUGUGUUUUACACGUACAAGGGCUCCCUGUCCCCAAAAGACAGCGAAUCCGAGGUUUCUCAGAACCGAAGCCCGCACCGAGAGAGUAUAUCCGAGAACAAUCCAGCACAAAGCUGCCUGACCCAGAAGUCAUCCAGUUCUGUGUCUCCAUCUUCAAAUGCUCCAGGCUCCUGCUCACCAGAGGGCGUCGAUCAGCAGUUCUUAGAGGACUUCCACAGGGUGACCAAAGGGGGCUCCACCGAGGACUCCAGCCAGUACUACUGUGACAAGAAUGAUAAUGGUGACGGCUACUUGGUUUUGAUCCGCAUCACACCAGAUGAAGAUGGAAAAUUUGGAUUUAAUCUGAAGGGAGGAGUGGAUCAAAAGAUGCCUCUUGUGGUAUCAAGGAUAAACCCAGAGUCACCUGCGGACACCUGCAUUCCUAAGCUGAACGAAGGGGAUCAAAUCGUCUUAAUCAAUGGCCGGGACAUCUCAGAGCACACCCAUGACCAGGUGGUGAUGUUCAUCAAAGCCAGCCGGGAGUCCCACACGCGGGAGCUGGCCCUGGUGAUCCGGAGGAAAGCUGUCCACUCAUUCACUGACAUCAAAUCCGACGAUGAGCUGAACCAGAUUUUCCCAGAGGCCAUUUUCCCCAUUUGCCCAGAGGGUGGGGAUACCUUGGAGGGAUCCAUGGACCAGCUAAAGAAGGGCCUUGAAAGCGGGACGGUGCUGAUCCAGUUCGAGCAACUCUAUAGAAAGAAGCCCGGUCUGGCCAUCACGUUUGCAAAGCUGCCUCAAAAUUUGGACAAAAACCGCUAUAAAGAUGUGCUGCCUUAUGACACCACCCGGGUCUUGUUGCAGGGAAAUGAGGAUUAUAUUAAUGCGAGUUCUGUGAACAUGGAAAUUCCUGCUGCUAACCUUGUGAACAAGUACAUUGCUGCUCAGGGUCCCCUGCCACACACCUGUGCACAAUUUUGGCAAGUCGUCUGGGAUCAGAAGUUGUCACUCAUUGUCAUGUUGACGACUCUCACAGAGCGAGGACGGACCAAAUGUCACCAGUACUGGCCCGAUCCUCCUGAUGUCAUGGAACAUGGCAACUUUCACAUCCGAUGUCAGUCAGAGGACUGCACCCUCGCUUACGUGUUCCGAGAAAUGCUGGUCACCAACACUGAGACCGGGGAGGAGCACACGGUCACGCAUCUCCAGUACGUCGCGUGGCCCGACCACGGCGUUCCUGAUGACUCCUCGGACUUUCUGGAGUUCGUAAACUAUGUGAGGUCCCUGAGAGCGGAUGGCAAACCCAUGUUAGUUCACUGCAGUGCUGGAAUAGGUCGGACCGGUGUGCUGGUCACCAUGGAAACAGCCAUGUGCCUAAUUGAGAGAAACCUGCCUGUUUACCCACUGGAUAUUGUCCGGAAGAUGCGAGACCAGCGCGCCAUGAUGGUGCAGACAUCAAGCCAGUACAAGUUUGUAUGUGAAGCGAUUCUUCGUGUUUAUGAAGAGGGCUUAGUCCAAAUGCUGGAUCCCAGUUAAGACAACUGUGAAAAACGUUCAUUCCUCUUUCCCAAGGGCAUCCUCCUUAAGGACAGACCUUCUCUCUGGAAGCAGCAAGAGGGAUUUGUAGGCUGUGGGGGAGGAAUGAGCACAUUUGAAGCCGGGCACUUUAAAGUUCUAUAGAAGAAGAGGUAUCGUGUACAUAGGAACUGUGUAGAUACGCAUGCAGUUACAGCAACAUUUAGGCCUGUUAUUCCUCAGAAAUAAGCAAGAGGGGAUCUCAGUUUGGGGCCUGUCCUAUUUGCCUUCCUCCCUAGACAUUACUAUGUUCCUGUAAACCAUCCUUGGGCAGUUGAGAGGGGAUGCCAGCGAUGCUGCUGACCUCACAGAAACAAGAGGGUGCGGCGCUUCGGAGUUGCUUGGAUGUUUUGUGUGUAUAUGUGUAUAGGACUCUAAGGGCUGAGCUUUCUGGGCUUCAGGGCGGAGCUGGAGCAUUGGCGUUCACCUGCCGAUGCUAAGGGCACCCUGCUGGAUGUACUAAGUGGCAGGGUGGAGGGAAUUCAGGCUGCAGGGCGGGCAGUACCCCUUCUGCCCGACCUUCCUCUGUCCCCACUCCCUCCCACUUCCUAUACUCGUGUUUCUGAGAAUCCUGUCUGAAAUGCCCCAUUUGCUCCCUGAAUCACCGACCCUCUUCGGGGGCUCACACAGGGCCUGGACCAGAUUAGUAACAUAGGUUCGGGCGAGUUUUCAGUUGAGACUCAGAACGAAGACUCCUGGUGUGUCUUGUCAUCCGCCGCUAGUCUUAGGAGUGGGAGCUUCUCGCCUCCGCCUGCCUCUUGCUGCACCUGCAGAACCCAAGACUGGAAUUAUCGACUACUGAAUCUACUACAUGGAUUGCUGCUACUUCAAGCUAUUAAACUUGAAACAUUACGAUUUUCCUGAGGGGAGAUGGGAUAUCAUCUAACUAUUCAGAAUCUUUGGCCCUUCUGAGGAAAGAUCUAGUCAUGGAACCAUGGGAACCCCAGCUUCUAGAGGGUUGCCCGUGGAUGUGUGUGGAUGUGUGUGUGUGCGCCCAUGGUAAGUGUUUCUCAGGAUUCCUAACUUGAUUCAAAUUACAGUUGAGUUUCUAUAAAGAAUGAGUCUCUGUAUAGAAGAACAAAUGUGUGCAUUCACCCUCGGUUAGAAUGGUCUCCAUUUCAUUUCAAAGGAGAGGAUCAGGCUAUCUGAAUAUAAACACAAUUUGAUGUUAAUUUAUUCUAAGUGCACCCUAAUUUUGAUUUUCCUAAAGAAUUCUGCCUUUGUUCAUACUGUGUUAAAUUUUUAAAAAAUUUGUGACAGGAUUGUAGCAAAAUAUUAUUUAAGGAAAAUAAAUUACAUAAAAAUUUUAACGUGGCAUUUUUAAAUAGCGGCUUUUAUGUGUCCCGAAGGAAGAGGAAGCUAAGCCAGUUUCUCAAUGGGACUUAUAGAAAAAGGAUGCUUUUAUAUCAUAGUGCACAGAAGUGAAGCCAUUUUGAUGCCUUGCAAACUCUGGACCAAUCGAGUAGUUUCCUGGUUGCAGGCUGGAUAAAGACCUAGAUGCUGGGAGCCGGGUUUCUAAAGGUUCUUUAUCUCCAGACUUAGCACAUUUAGUUGCACACUUCCCAUCUUUUGCCCACUAAUAUUUUACUGCUCACCGGCAGCGGUGGGAGGGAAGUGUUACGCAGUGCCAUAGCGCUGCCGUGACCCCGGAGACCACUGAAGCCCCAUCGUUGUCCAAUUUGUGCUAAGGUAGCAGAAUGAGCCGGGAAAGCUUGGAAUUAACGCAGUUGGAGAUCUGGUUCCUGGUCCCACUCAUCGAUUAACUGUCUCCUGGCCUGGUCACUUGAGAGCAUGACCUCCCUUUCAUCUAUUUCCUGUAAAACAGGAGAAAUAAUACUGAGGCUGUGGGUUGAAUAUGAGGACUGAAUAAAAUGCUCUCAGCGGGAGUUGUCAUCAGCGGGUAGCGAUCUGACACUGCCACAGGUGCGUUACUUGGAAAAGUUAAUUUACCAGCCAUUAGCCCAAAAACCCAUGAAAUAGAAGUAGGAUCAUAUGGCUCUUUCCACAAAAGAAAAUUUCUUUUGCCGAGAACAGAAACACAAAGGAAUAUCCUCGUACCAGUGCCUUUCUUCAAUCUGGACUCAAAACAUUCUAUCAGUUAUGUCCCAAAAAAAGAGGGGAAGGUGGAAAGCUGACCUAAAUUUAAAUGCCAUCAGGAUGCCUAGCAAAUCACUGCUAUUUCAUAAAAAUGCAUCGUUACCCUGUGUACAAGAUGCUUAAGAAGUCUAAAUGCGUUUGGAGUGUUGGUUUUUUUUUUUCCUUAAAAAAGCAAAUUAUUGGGAUCCCUGGGUGGCGCAGCGGUUUGGCGCCUGCCUUUGGCCCAGGGUGCGAUCCUGGAGACCCCGGAUCGAAUCCCACGUCGGGCUCCCGGUGCAUGGGGCCUGCUUCUCCCUCUGCCUGUGUCUCUGCCUCUCUCUCUCUCUCUCUCUGUGACUAUCGUAAAUAAAUAAAAAACCUUAAAAAAAAAAAAAGCAAAUUAUUCAAUAUAGUUGCGGAAAUGCUGUCAUUAUUGUACAUAAAUUUCUAAAAAGCUGGCCACGAGCCUUUUUCUGCCAUCAUGCAGGCCAGUAGUUCAGACCCAGCAGGGAACACAAUUCAUGAAAUGCAGAGGAAGAACAGGACAAGAGAAUUAUCUAAAGGGGCGAAAUACACAAAUGAGUUAUUACUACAGAUACAACCGAUUAAAUUCUGCGCCUCAACAUUCAUGCUUCAAUACCUUGUACAUGGAGGCAAUUACACUUAAGCCUUUUUUAGUCGUAAGUGAAAAGCAUCAAAACCACAGGGAAUACUUUGGGAAAUUUGGCGGGGAGUGAAUAGAGAGGACAUUUUACAUCUGUGUUUUGUUCUCUGGAAAAUCUGCUGGGACCCAUUGAUGUGCUGACUUAAGAUGGGACACCCCUCCCUGUGUCACUGUAGUACCUGCACUUGGUGUUUUGACUUUAUAAGAAAGAAAGCUUGAACACAAUUUGGGUGGGGCAGGAUGGGGAGGGUUCUAUCACGGACAUGCUGGUCUGUAAUUCCUACCAUCGUAAUUUAUACUUCAAAAUGUGUUUUAAUUACGUUUUUUUUUUUGUUUUAAUUCCAGAUAGUUAACAUUAAAAAUGCUUUUAGGUUAGUUGCUAUUGCUCCUGUGUUGCUACCUGAUAUUUUGUUGUUGUUCCUCAGAAAUGAUCAUUUGAGUGGGAAACAACAGGCUGCUUCAUCCUUCAACAGCAAACAGAGAGGCAGGAUCAAUAGGAAAGGCUCAGAGGAGCUCAGAUGAGGGAAAGCUCACUGGGGUCUAGACCUAGAUUUGGUGAGAUGUGUCGCCCUCAGGCCUCCAUUUCCUUAUGUGUAAAAAAGGAAGAGGUUGGGCUGGACUAAAUGAGUUCUUUGAAUGUUUAUCAUUCUGGGAGUCAUUGUUCCAGAGAAUUGAAAUUAGCCCCCAAAUCAAAGCCAUAUAGCUAUUAGAGAGGUAUCCCACUUCCAUGACCUGUCUCCAAGAGAUUGUCCCUCCAACCUUAGCAGGGUUGAAUGCCAAGAAUGACCAGGAUUGCCACCAUCUGGUUCUCGCCAUUCUACACUGAGAUUGGAAUCCGUAAAGACCGCAAAGACCCUGACCUCAGCCUAACUCUGAGGAGCCAAACACGUGAGAGUCCAAUGGCUGACUGUCCACCAUCUUUAUAACCCAUUCUGUUUGGAGCAACGGAAAGAUUGGUAUUAUGUGGUUUUGAAAAGUAUCUUAACGAGCAAUAUUUUUUUUUCUGUAAAUCGAGGAUGUUUUGCACUCUGUCAGUGACUACUGGAAAAGUUUAAUCAAUAUAAAGACAUUCAAGCUAUGCAACACUUACGGUGUGUUGACAUU